AUGGCUAAAGACAGCGAUGCACCCAAGGUGGUGGACAAGGGCAAAGGCAAGGCUGUGGAGGAUUCCAAUGACGAGAAACCCGCUUUAAAUGGCAAGAAAGAAGAUGACAAGAAAGAUGCUGCCGAGGAGGAACUUAGCGAAGAAGAUCAGCAGCUCAAGAGCGAGCUAGACAUGAUGGUUGAGCGGUUGACAGAAUCCAAUUCAGGCCUGUACAAGGCAGCGCUAGAAGCUAUGAAGACUUCGAUAAAAACAUCUACCUCAUCGAUGACGGCUGUACCCAAACCUCUCAAGUUUCUCCGACCACACUACGAGACUUUGAAAAAACUCUACGAGGAGUGGCCCACGGGUGAAGAUAAGUCGUCAUUGGCUGACGUUUUGUCCGUCAUUGGUAUGACGUUUUCCGACGAGGACAAGCAAGAUACCCUCAAGUAUAGACUCCUCGCUCCGACGUCCGACAUUGCGUCCUGGGGUCACGAGUACGUUCGCCAUCUGGCAUUGGAGAUCGGAGAGGUUUAUGGCAAAAGAAUCACGGCUGAUGAGCCUACGACGGAUCUGAUCGAUCUUGCUUUAAUUCUCGUACCGCUCUUCAUCAAGAGCAAUGCCGAGGCAGACGCAGUUGAUUUGAUGAGCGAACUGGAAAUCAUUGAGCAAACUCCCAAGUUUGUGGACGAAAACACCUACCCCAGAGUAUGCUUGUACAUGGUUAGCAUGGUCAACUUGCUCACUUACCCAGACAACGAAACAUUUCUGCGAACUGCUCACAACAUCUAUAUGGAGUAUAAGCAAUUCACGCAGGCCAUCGUCCUCGCCAUCCGGCUGCAUGACGUCGACCUUAUCAAAGCCGAUUUCGAUGCAGCCGAAGGUCCUGCUUUGAAGAAGCAGCUCGCGUUUUUGGUUGCUCGCCAAAGGAUAGUGCUACAUCUGCCAGAGACAAGUGAAGACGAACAAGAGAUGAACGAGUGCUUGUCGAAUCUUAAGCUGUCGGAACACUACAAGUCUCUUGGAAAGCAGUUGAAUAUUUUGGACCCUAAAACGACCGAAGACAUCUAUAAAAGCCACCUCGAAAGCAGUCGGGUUGCUGGAAUGACCAAUCUUGAUUCUGCCCGGCACAACCUGGCCGCCGCUUUCGUCAAUGCUUUCGUCAACGCUGGGUUUGGCAAAGACAAGAUGAUGUUGGUAGAGGGUGAGAAGGAAAGCUGGGUCUGGAAAACGAAGGCAGAUGGCAUGAUGUCGACUGUUGCUUCGAUGGGCACAUUGUUGCUUUGGGACAUUGAGAACGGGCUGGACAAAAUCGACCGAUAUACCUACUCCUCCGAGCCUGAAAUAUCGGCCGGAGCCAUGCUGGCGAUCGGUAUCAUGAAUUCGGGUGUGCGCCUCGACUCGGACCCUGCGCUAGCUCUGCUGGGGGACGCUGAGAAACUGCACCACUCGAAUAUUUUGAUUCGAACUGCCUGCAUCAUGGGUUUGGGUUUGUCUUAUGCUGGUUCGAAUAAGGAGGAUUUGCUCGAGCUUCUGUUGCCCAUCAUCAAUGACUCGACACAGGACAUGCAAAUCGUCGCGAUGGCUGCUCUUUCAUGUGGCUUGAUAUUUGUUGGCUCUUCUCAUCCUGAAGUCACCGAAGCUAUUGUCACAGCCUUGAUGGACGAAGACCGAAAGUCUCAGCUAACCGAUAAAUGGACACGCUUCCUAGCACUUGGCUUAGGGCUACUGUUUUUCGGGCGACAGGAAGAGGUGGACGUGAUUUUGGAAACCCUUAAGGCUGUCGACCAUCCCAUGGCCAAGCCUACUGCUGUCCUCGCGGAGAUCUGUGCCUGGGCAGGGACCGGAGCAGUUUUGAAGAUUCAGGAGAUGUUGCACAUCUGCAACGAGCAUCAAGAGGAAACAGACGACAAGAAGGGUGACGAGUUGCUUCAAGCAUAUGCUGUCAUCGGCAUCGCCCUCGUGGCAAUGGGUGAGGACAUUGGGCAGGAGAUGGUGCUGAGACAAUUUGGCCACCUCAUGCAUUACGGGGAGGCCAAUAUUCGCAAGGCAGUUCCGUUGGCCAUGGGACUCAUCAGUCCGAGCAACCCGCAGAUGAAAGUCUACGACACACUCUCAAGAUACAGCCACGAUAAUGAUCCCGAGGUCGCAAUCAACGCCAUAUUCGCCAUGGGAAUGCUCGGUGCCGGAACCAACAACGCCCGUUUGGCGCAGCUGCUGAGGCAGUUGGCAGGCUAUUAUCACCGCGACCAGGAUGCCUUGUUCAUGGUCAGAAUUGCGCAAGGCCUGCUGCACAUGGGCAAGGGCACUUUGUCCCUCAACCCCUUCCACACCGAUCGCCAGGUUCUUUCGCAGGUGUCGACUGCGGGUCUACUCGCCACCAUUGUAGCUUUGAUUGAACCAAAGGAGUUUAUCACUUCGAAUUCACACUACCUCUUGUACUUUUUGGUAACGGCGAUGCACCCACGUUUCCUCGUCACCCUUGACGAAAGACUGAGGCCACUGAAGGUCAAUGUUCGUGUUGGCCAGGCUGUGGAUGUUGUCGGUCAAGCUGGACGGCCGAAGACCAUCACCGGCUGGCAGACACAGAGCACCCCUGUAUUGCUCGGUUAUGGUGACCGAGCAGAACUUGAGGACGAAGAGUACAUCAGUCUGAGCAGCACUCUGGAAGGUCUUGUCAUCCUCCGCAAGAACCCAGAUUGGGAAGACGGACGGUGA